AUGUGGUAUUAUAUGCCAUUGAUAUGGUUACUUAUCAUACCCAGAAUUCAUAAUAUAUCCGCCUCUAAUCAUUAUGCACUCCGUGAGGAUGGUUUAAUCAAAAGGCGCCUUGAUUCACCCUUUCAUCUAAGGGAGCCGGAAAAUCUGGUCAUGUUUUUGGAACAAAUAAAAACAAAUGAUCGUGCCGAGGAGGCUUUCAGAAAGAUGCAACGGAAGCGUAGCACAUUGGAUGAGCAUAUCUUAAUAACGGCGCAACUACUGCAGGGUAUACUUAAGCGUGCAGAAUGUGCCAGGGUUUAUGUGAAAUUGACUGGAUUAACGGAUUAUCUAAGAACAACGGGAGCCUCAAUGAAACGUUUAGAGUUCCCCGAAAAAAUGGAAAAAGAGGCCAAUGGCGGUUCGCCAGUUUGUAGAAAUUAUGCAGAGUUAAAUCCACAAAAGGAUGCAUUUAGCAAUUUGGAAUGUUUUAGCAGUGAUGUUAUCAACAAAUUGACCAUCGAAGAGGAGGAGCAUCAUUUAAAACAUGAACUGGGUUCGAAGGGUGCUAAAGGUGUCACGGAAAUAAUUUAUAAUGUUGCUAUGAAGGGCCUCUUGAAUAAUCCCACAUCAUGGAAGUUUCAUAUGUUGGGCUCCUACUACUGGCGGCUGGUUGGGGAUGCUAAAAAUGCCUUAGACUGUGCUCGAUUAUCUGUAUUUUUGGCUCCCGAAACUCACAAAGAUAUUCCUCUACUGAGUUUGGGGACAAUAUUGGUCAGGGCAGAAUUAUGGGAUGAUGCUGAAAUUAUCUUAAAAAGUGCUGUUGAAUAUGGCCCAAAACAUGGUGAAAAUUAUAUAGCCUUGGCUACACUUCUGGCAAUGAAACAUGAUUUUCCCCAGGCCCGGGAAUACUUUGGCAUUGCCGAAAAAUUGGAUCCUGGAAUGUAUAACAAUUCCAUGAGAAUACGAGAGUUUAUGGAAUGCAUGGAACCACUUGAUGCUGAUAUUAGUAAACUUUUUAGUUUCGUUAAAUAUAUGUUGAAGGAAAUCAAGGAUGUUUCAAAGCUGAGGAAUGAAAUAACACAAUAUCAAAAUAGGAUUAUUCAGCAACAGAUUCCACUAGCAACUCGCUACAAUGAAAACGAUCACAAGUCCAAAGCAGAUCUUUUGAAACGAUAUCAAUUUUGUAGCACCCGUAAGUCUAGCGAAAACCAAGAACCAGUACUUUUUUGUGAUUUCUAUUCCGAUCUGCAAAUGCAAUUGGAGAGUAAACAAUUUGAUGCGGAAUUGUUAGAUUGGCAAGUCAAUCGUUAUAUUGCAACUCUCUUUGAAAAACUUCCAUUUGAAUAUAAGAAACAAUUAGAGAUAUUAUACAGUAAGGCUAUGCCACAAAUGGCAACAACAGACAAUACUUAUUCAAUGUAAUGAGU